UACAUGUAAAAUCAAGCAUAUUUGCAUAACUUCGAAAACACAACCAACAAUGGCAGCAUUUGUAACAGACCACUCCAUCAGCAAAAUAAUGGGUUUUGACUCAGAUCCACCAAAGAAGCGUCAGCGUCGUAACAGGACCAUGUUCUCUAACGCCACCAUAGUUAUUCUAGAGAAAGCCUUCAUCGAGAACAAGUACCCCGACAUUAAAGAAAGAAUCACCUUAGCUAGACAGAUCAACGAAGAAGAGGCAAGAGUUCAGGUUUGGUUUCAGAAUCGGCGAGCAAGGCAUAGACGUUCCAGACGCCGUCCAAGCACCAAUUCAGACAGUGCAUCAUCUAGUACUUCUUCAUCGCCAAAGACGUCUCCAUCCCCACCACCAACUGCUCCCCUGAAACAUGCAACAUGGCUCCAAUUAUCCACAGUACAACAACAACAACAGUUCCUCACCAUUAACAGUGGAUUAGACAUCACCAAGGAAGUGGCCAUUCAUCAUGAAGACAGAUCACUUGACUCACCACCCUACACAGACAUCAAAGACAUGUUUUCAGUACUACCUCCUCCUAUAUCACCACUGCCAAAGACACCAGCAAGAUCCAAAGACCAACGCCAAAGGUUUUCUCUGUGGUCUCCACUACCUAGUCAGCCAGAACUGUCGCCACUGUCAAUACAACCAACAACAUUACGCCUUCCGUUGACAACACCAAAGUCGUCCUUCUCCAUUGCAGACCUCAGUGAGUCAGAAGUACGAUCCACAGACGACAGACACUGCUUCAAUUACCAGUUUAGUAUGUGAAAGUAACAAAUAUUUGACAUUGAAUUUAGUGCUAUAUGACUUUUGUAUGUAGUUAUUUGUAAGUUUCAACAUAUUCAAUUACAUGUAUGAAUAAAUUAAU